CCUCCAGUACCGGGCUCUUUCCCUGUGCCAGGCAGCUUCCUCUUCUGCCCCAGCACAGGCAGAUAACCAAACAGGGCAUCUACCAGGCGCUCCCGUGCCAUGCCUUCUCUGAACAGGAACUAGAACAGUGCCCGCCCCCGGCCCGCCCUCCACUAGCACUACCGGUGAACAUGGCCGCUGCUAUGCCUUCAGCUGCUGCCCAGGAUGAGCUCAAUCAGCUUGAGCGAGUGUUUUUACGCCUCGGCCAUGCAGAGACAGAUGAGCAACUGCAGAGUAUCAUUUCCAAGUUCUUGCCUCCUGUUCUUCUCAAGUUGUCUAGUGCUCAGGAAGGAGUACGCAAAAAGGUUAUGGAAUUACUUGUUCACUUGAACAAAAGAAUUAAGAGUCGGUCCAAAGUACAGUUGCCUGUGGAGACCCUUUUAGUCCAGUACCAAGACCCAGCAGCAGUCUCUUUUGUUACGAACUUUACAAUAAUCUACAUAAAAUUGGGGUACCCCCGCCUGCCAAUGGAGAAGCAGUGUGAACUAGCACCCAGUCUUCUAACUGCUAUGGAGGGCAAACCUCAGCCUCAGCAAGACAGUUUAAUGCAUCUCCUGAUACCAGUCCUUUAUCAUGUGAAGUAUUCAAGUGACACCCCUAAGUCCACAACAAUAUUUAACCUAGCUGAAAAACCAAAGACUGUUCAGCUGCUUUUGGACUUCAUGUUGGAUGUUCUCCUGAUGCCUUAUGGGUUUGUGUUGAAUGAACCCCAAAAUCGUCAGAGCGCCCCAGCUGGCCAAGGCUCCCCAGCAGGGGGGACAGGGGGAGUAGGAAUCCCUCAGCCUCCGCCAGGUUUAAGCUUUUAUGCAGCAAAAAGAGUUGUGGGAGACAAUCCAUGGUCCGCAGAGCAACUAGAACAGUGCAAACUUGGGAUAGUGAAGUUUAUAGAGGCUGAACAGGUGCCUGAGCUGGAAGCGGUUAUUCAUCUGGUUAUUGCCUCUAGUGACACUAGGCAUAGUGUGGCUACUGCUGCUGAUCUAGAGCUGAAGAGUAAGCAGAGCUUAAUUGAUUGGAACGACCCAACCAUUGUCAGCAAGAUGUACAAAGUGUAUUUGGGAGAUAUCCCCCUUAAAACAAAAGAGGGAAAUUUACUGAAGCCAGAACUAAAAAGAGAUCCUGUCAGCACCCGUGUUAAACUAAAAAUUAUCCCUCACCUCCUGAGAUCCAGAUUGGCAGCUGAGCUGUUUCCUGCUAAUAUACAGGUUGUUUAUGAUGGCCUUUUUGGGGGAAACACAAAUGCCAAGUUACGGUUGUUAUCUCUGCAAUUUGUGCACCAUAUCUGUGGAAUUUGUCCUGAUGGUAAAAUAAAACCUCUAGGUCCGAUGUUACUGAAUGGGCUUACAAAGCUGAUUAAUGAAUAUAAAGAGGAUCCAAAGCUGCUUUCCAUGGCAUAUUCAGCUGUCGGCAAACUCUCAGGCCGUAUGCCUAAGCUUUUUACAAAGGACCUGGCCUUAGUUCAGCAGUUUUUUGAAGCAAUGAGGAAGGAAGAUAUGGAUGUUAGGCUUUCUAUCCAGGAAGCAUUGUCAAUGAUGGUUGGGGCUUACACUAACUUGGAAGGUGCUCAGCUGACCCUCAUGGAAGCUCUUGUUGGGUCAUACUUAGUAAAGCCUGAAGUCCAGGUUCGACAAGUAGCAGUGAAAUUUGCAAGCAACGUUUUUGCUCCCGACCACAUACCUUCCAGAUAUUUGCUGUUGCUUUCAGCCGGAGAUCCGAGAGAGGAGGUUUAUGGGGAAGCACAAAGAGCCCUGAGAACAUUUUCUACAAACAGUGAAAAAGACAGAACUCCACUGAAGCUUCCUUCUUUUCCAGUAAUGGUAGACCAUAUCAUGGAGAAGGCAUCCAGCCGAAUGAAAACACCUGUUAAAUUUGUAACAACCACAUCUGUCCUUCCUUUUAACCCUGCUGCAUUUCUAGAGAUAAUCCUAUAUUUGAGAAUGUGCCUGGCUCAUAGUGCUGGAGUAGACCCAACCUGCCAGUCUUUAGCAGAUAUGCAAGACCAGGCACCAGCUCUGGGACGCUAUGUUAGAAAGCUAAUGUCUAAUGACGUCACUUCACCAGACUCCAAAAACGGAGACAUGAACCCUGUGGAGAUGUACAUAAGCCUUAUUCAACAACUGUUGUCUGCAUCUGGAGGCUUACAAGUUAUGUAUUGCCUCCUUGAGAUAGUAUCUGUAUAUCCGCAGAAGCUGGCUGCCUCUUUAGUUGAGAAAAUAGACUGGAUAAAGAGUCUGAUGAGCGCUAACAAGGAGGAAAUGCGAGAGCUGGCAGCUCAGCUGUUUGCUGUAGUUGUAGUUUCCUUACCUGGUUCUGAGUUACAGUCUUUAAUUCAGGGCCUGAUCAAGACUGCUAAGGAUCUACAUAACCCAGAGGCUCAACAUGGAUCUAUACUUGCCUUGGGAUAUCUGAUUGGAAGAUACUUGGACAGCUCCAAAACUAAGAAAGAGCUCAAGCCUAUCCCUGAACAGGAAGAAACCAUCCAAGCUUGUGUGGAAACUAUUGGUACACUAUUGGAUAAUAACAGCUCUCCCUUGUCAAUUGCUGCAAUUACGGCUUUGGGAGAGAUUGGACGGAAUGGGGCUCUGACUAUACCAGAUGACGGCUCUGGAUUUACCAAAAAGCAGCUGGUAGAAAAUCUUUUGGCCAGAAUACCUUCUGGUAAAGAGACUAAUAAGGCAAAAGAAAGAGCCAUAAGAACACUGGGAUAUUUUCCUGUUGGGGAUGAUAAGUUUUCUCAUCAAAAGAUGCUUCUGCAAGGGUUAAUGGAAUCAGUAGAGGCAAAACAAAUUGAGCUUCAGUUCACUGUAGGAGAGGCGAUCACAAAUGCAGCUGUUGGAACAAAGUCCACGGCAGCCAGGGAUGUAUGGAUUGUUUCUGAGGAAGAUUAUCAACCAAGGGCAGCUGUGAAAGAGAAUGAUGUUGUUACAUGGGUUUUGGACCAGAUUCUCAACAAGCAUAUUGUCAGUGUAAAUCCACAUGUCAGACAGGCAUCCUGUAUAUGGCUGCUAUCAAUUGUGAAAAAACUGAACAAUCACCAGGAAAUAAAGUCAAAACUUAAAGAAAUCCAAAGUGCCUUUAUAUCUACCCUGUCUGACAAUGAUGAACUUAGCCAGGAUGUUGCAUCGAAAGGUCUUGGGUUGGUAUAUGAACUGGGCAGUGAACAAGACCAACAGGAGCUGGUGUCCGUACUUGUGGACACACUCAUGACUGGGAAAAGGGUAAAGCAUGAUGUUUCUGGAGACACUGAGGUUUUUCAAGGCUCAUCCAUUGGCAAAGCUCCAGAUGGACAGGGGCUGUCUACCUACAAGGAGCUGUGUGCAUUGGCCAGUGAUCUUAGUCAACCAGACCUCAUUUACAAGUUCAUGAAUUUGGCCAACCACCACGCUAUGUGGAACUCAAGGAAGGGUGCAGCCUUUGGCUUUAAUGUGAUUGCCACCAAAGCUGGAGAACAGCUUUCUCCUUUUAUGCCACAGCUUGUCCCACGUUUGUAUCGCUAUCAGUUUGACCCCAACACUGGGAUCCGCCAAGCUAUGACUAGUAUUUGGGAUGCCCUAGUCACGGACAAGAAUACGGUGGAUAAAUAUCUGACAGAAAUUCUUCAAGAUUUGAUAAAUAACCUUACAAGUAAUCUGUGGAGGAUCCGUGAAUCCAGUUGUUUGGCAUUAAAUGACCUACUACGUGGCCGCCAGCUUGAUGAUGUUGUCGACAAGCUUCCUGAGAUCUGGGAGACACUGUUCAGAGUUCAAGAUGAUAUAAAGGAAUCAGUCCGGAAAGCAGCAGAACUGGCUUUGAAAACUCUUAGCAAGGUAUGCAUAAGGAUGUGUGAACCAUGUAGGGGAGCAGCUGGUCAGAAAACAAUUGCUGUUCUUUUACCGUGCCUUCUGGACAAGGGAAUUAUCAGCACAGUGACUGAAGUCCGGGCCCUUAGUAUCAACACACUGGUUAAAAUCAGUAAAAGUGCUGGAGAAUUAUUGAAGCCUCAUACCCCAAAGCUCAUCCCAGCUUUGCUGGAAUCUCUAAGCGUUCUAGAACCUCAGGUGCUGAAUUAUCUCAGUCUCAGAGCUACAGAUCAGGAAAAGGCUGCAAUGGACAGUGCAAGACUAAAUGCUGCUAAAUCCUCCCCAAUGAUGGAAACCAUAAAUAUGUGCAUUCAGCAUUUGGAUGUCAAUGUCCUGGCUGAUUUAGUUCCAAAACUGUGUGAGUUAAUAAAGAGUGGUCUGGGGUUAGGCACAAAGGGAGGAUGUGCCAGCGUUGUUGUAUUAUUAACAACCCAGUGUCCUCAGGAUCUUAUGCCGUAUUCUGGAAAACUUAUGAGUGCUUUAUUAAAUGGACUAUGUGAUCGUAACAGUGUAGUACAGAAAUCUUAUGCCUUUGCUUUGGGACACUUAGUGCGGACAGCACGGGAUACUAGCACUGAAAAACUUCUCCAGAAGAUGAGUGCCUGGUACAUGGAAAAGGAGGAGCCAGCAUACAGAACAGGAUGCACUUUAACGGUUCAUGCCAUUAGCCGCUACAGUCCUGAUGUACUAAAGAAUCAUUCAAGCAUGGUGUUGCCAUUGGCCUUCCUUGCAAUGCAUGAGGUUUCAGAUGAUGAGAAAGGAGAAAAGGAAGACUCAAACCUUUGGAAAGAAGUGUGGCAGGAAAAUGUGCCUGGAAGUAUCAGUGGUGGCAUUCGAUUGUACAUGAAGGAGUUAAUAGAAAUUUCACAGAUAGCUCUGCAGUCUUCUUCCUGGAAGAUGAAAGCUCAGGGUGCUGCUGCUAUGGCUUCUAUUGCAAAGCAACAAACUGGAUCACUGGUCCCUCCACACCUAGGAAUGAUGAUUGGCACUCUACUGCAGGGUUUACCAGGAAGAACAUGGAUUGGGAAGGAGGAGCUUCUGAAAGCUAUUGGAACAGUGGUUUCUAGUUGCAGCAAACAGCUGAAGGAACCAGUUUCCGAACAACCAAGUAUAGAAGACAUUAUUCAGGCAGUAUUAAAAGAGUGCCGGAAAGAAAAUGUCAAGUACAAGAUUAUAGCACUGAAAUGUGCUGCAGAUGUGCUUGAAUCCACAAAGGAGGAUCGCUUUCAAGAACUGUCUGAGAUUCUAUUUCCCUUGAUAGCAAAGGCUUCUAAAGAAACAGUGGGGGCUCGAUCACCAAAAGAGGAGGAGGAUGAUGAGAAUGAAAAAGCAAAAGAACUGCAUACAGAAUCCUUGUUGUGUGCCUUCUCAACUUUAGGCAAGGCCUGGCCCAGAAAUUCUGACACACAGCGUUGCUAUCGUUUAGAAGUUUGCAAGUUAAUGUGUGAAAGGUUGAAGCUGAGCACAUGGAAAGUUCAGCACGCUGUCCUUCAGUCCAUGAAGGCAUAUUUUCAGGGCUUACUAAUCUUAGAAAAAGAGCAUUCAGACAUCACAGCCCUUAAAGAAAUCCUCACAGAAACUUGUCCAGUGCUUGCACACUCUCUAGAAAAUAAGAGUUAUGCAUCUGUAAGAACAGAAGCUAUAUACGUAAUAGAACUACUUCUAAAGAAGCUAGAAGAUUCGGAACAAUUGGAAAGCCUUACAUUAGACAACAGAAACCUGCUUAUUACAUCUUUAUCUACUAUGGAACUGGACAGCAGGCCAGACUUGAGAGAGAAAGGAUUAUUGCUCAAGAAGAAGUUGGAAAACUUAAAUUAAUAUGUAUAAAAAUGAAAACCCGUGCAACUCAACCCAAACAUGUUUCGUGGAUUUUAAGAAUUCGACACAAGAUUACAUUUCUGUUGUAGCAUGUAUCAUUCCACGUCUAAAAUAAAUAUUUCCAUGAAUCUG